GCCGCGCGAGGCCGGUGCGUGGGGGCUCCGCGGGCGGGGACGGUCCCUGCGUGGGCAGGGCAAGGGGAAGGCGACGCCCGCCAUGAGCUCGUCGGCGCUGUUGGCUGAGGGCCCCCUCGACCCCCCGGUGCUGCUGGCCGACAUCAAGACGGAGCCCCCCGAGGAGCUGCUGGCCAGCGACUGCAGCCAGCCCCAGGCCGAGCCCGUCGAUCUCUCCCUCAAUAAAUCCAAGGUGGCUCCGGCCUCGGCCCCACCGCCACCGCCCCCCACCUCGGUCCAGUCUUCCCCCAUGCUGGUGGCUCCCCCGCUUCCCGCUCCCAGCACCGUGUCCAUCCCGCCCUCCGGUCUCAGCUCCACCUCGGCCAUCCCGGCUGUCCUCUCACCCGGCUCCAUCCUGGCCUCCACGCAGGGCAGCGGCGGGCAGCAGAUCCUCCACGUCAUCCACACCAUCCCCUCCGUCAACCUGCCCAGCAAGAUGGGCAACCUGCAGACCAUCCCCGUGGUGGUGCAGUCCCUCCCCGUCGUCUACACCACGGUGCCCACGGACGGCGUCACCGCCAUUACCGUGCCCCUCAUCGGGGGGGACGGCAAGAACGCUGGGUCUGCUUUCCUUUCCCGGACCCCUCCAGUGAAAAUGGACCCUGGCUCCGUGUACCCCAUGGACAUGAACAGUGACAGCGAGGACAGCGCUUCCGAGAGUGGCCCAGCACCCUUCCAGGACCUCCAGAGAGAGCCAGCAGCGCGGGGGCCCAGAGCUGAUUCCCCAGACCUGAAGAAGCGGCGCAUCCACCAGUGCGACUUCGAGGGCUGCAAUAAGGUCUACACCAAAAGCUCCCACCUCAAAGCCCACCGGAGGAUACACACAGGUGAGAAGCCCUACAAAUGCACGUGGGAAGGCUGCACCUGGAAGUUCGCCCGCUCGGACGAGCUCACCCGGCACUUCCGCAAGCACACGGGCAUCAAACCCUUCCGCUGCUCGGACUGCGACCGCAGCUUCUCCCGCUCCGACCACCUGGCCCUGCACCGCCGGCGGCACGUCAUGAUGUGAGCGGUGGGAGCCGCCUGCGCCUCCCUCCCUUCGCCCAUCCGCACCCCUGCGGGGCGGGCACUGCGGGAGCGCCGGGGCCGAGCCGUGCCCGCUGCAGGAGCCGGGAUGGGACGGCAAGCGAUGGAUUCUGGACUGCUGCCCCUUCUCUCUUGUCCCCAGCUGUUUUUAUUCCUGGGUUUGUCCUCGCCUGGAGGCUCCUUGACUCCUCACCUGGAAUUCACCAGCUGUGCAGCCUCCUGCACGUUGUUGCCUCUCUGUGCUCCCUGUCCCUGGGAGCUGCAGCAAGGACGGGGGCAGGGGGUGAUGGGCCCCCCGUGGAGGAGCUGUUGGCAAAUCCCUCUCCAUCUCCAGACUGUCCCAGCAGGAGGAGGAACAUCAGCUCUCAGUGUGUCCCUCAGCACGUGCUGGGCUUCGUGGGAAGUGCUGGGGACACGGAGAGCCAGGAGAAAAAGAGGAAUCAAGAAAGGGGGAAACACAACCUGACAGUGACCCACCAACGAGACCAUCACCACCACAAAAAGGGAAACUUUGUGGAACAUGGAACUUUUAUUUUAUGGAAUUCUACGAGGGGGUGGGACAGGGUGGGGGGGGAACGAGGGCCAGCAGCUCUCGGGUUUUUUUGGAAGACUCUGGGCCACUUGAACGUGUUUCUAAGUUAAACCAGCGGCUGUGGCCACACGCUUUGCUUUUUAAUAAUGGUUUUUGAGGAGUGUUUCUUCCAUCCCUUCCCCCAGCCAGCCCCGCUGGUUGCUGGGAGAGUGUCAGGAUUUGGGGUUGGAUGCUCUGAGCUGGUGGGUGGUGGGAAGGGGACCAUGACACCUCCCAUGCUCGGGGCAGUCCCUGAGGGGGCUGCUUGGGAGGAGUUGCUUCCCAGACACCUCUGAGCUGGUGCUUUUGCCCUGGCUGUGUGGGGAUGAGGGAACUGGAGCUUCCCAAACUCCUCUGAGCUGAUGUUAUUACCCUGGCUGUGUGGGGAUGAGGGAGCUGGUGUGAGGAUGGGCUGGGGGAGCACUUCAGGGAGCUGAAAACAACUCCCAGCUGCUUGGGAAAGUGCUUUUCCUCAGCUUCCCAUCCAGCAGCCUGGGUGUGCCAUGGGCAGAGCUUUUCCCUGGCCUGAGGUGGUCCCUGAGUUGGGCACACCUGAAAUGCUGGGAGCUGGCCACAACCACCCUGCUGAGCUGCAGGCCUGGGGAGGAGGGGCUGGAAAGCUGCUGGGUGGGGAGUGUUUGUUCAGAUCUAUUCAUGGCAAGAGGCACUGCAGAAACACCAUGGGUUGGCCUGGUCAGGAUGAGGAUGUCACCUCCCAAAGGGGACAGGGACAAGGCAGAGGAUGGAGCAAGGGGGUCCCAGUGCCCUGAGCUGCAAGAAUGAUCACCUUC